CCUCGCGAGAAACAAAUGGGCCGUUGAUCGUAAGCACACAUUCGCCUGUUGAAACUGACAUCGCAGCCCAUACAGGAAAGUGCUUGCAUGAUCAGACAGCUCGGCAGGACCGCAAGAACAGCAGCGCAGCAGGGCCCCAUCCUCCCUUUCGGCACUCAACACACGGCCUUCUGUCUCCUGGCUACACCCACCCUUCCUUCCUCUCGACACUUGGAACAGCGACAGCAGCUGGUUGCACAGAGUGUUCUCGCUGCGCCACACAACCGACACCGCCAUUUCUCUGCCACGUCGCUUGUAGCAGCAAAAAAGAAAAUGCCACCCAAGAAGGCUGCCCCGGUCGAGCGGGCCAAGCUCGGCCGCCCAUCGAACAACCUCAAGAUGGGCAUCGUCGGGCUUCCCAACGUCGGCAAGUCAUCCCUCUUCAACGUCAUUGCAAAGUGCGACUUGGGAAAAGCUGCCAACUUUCCCUACGCCACCAUCGAGCCCGAAGAGGCUCGUGUGCCUGUCCCCGACGAGCGUUUCCUCUGGCUCGUAGACCAGUACAAGCCUAAGAACCAGAUUCCAGCCUUCCUCACCUGCAUCGAUAUCGCCGGUCUCACAGCCGGUGCGUCGACUGGCGCGGGCCUCGGUAAUGCCUUCUUGAGCAACGUCAGGGCCGUCGAUGGCAUCUUCCAAGUCAUUCGAGCAUUCGACGACGCGGAGGUCAUCCACGUUGAGGGCGAUGUCAACCCGAUCAGAGACAUGGAGAUCAUCUCCACAGAGUUGCGAUUGAAAGACAUCGAAUGGACAGAGAAGGCGCUAGAACAGGCUCGAUCCAAGGCUCGGGGCGCAGGGAAUAACAGUCUUGAGGACAAGAAGAAGAAGGAGGAGGUCGCUAUCAUCGAGAAGGUUCUGAACGUUCUCACAGAGGAGAACAAGGACGUUCGCAAGCACGACUGGGGGAACAAGGAGAUUGACGUCGUCAACACGCUCUCGCUGCUAACCGCUAAGCCGGUCAUCUACCUCGUCAACCUGAGCGAAAAGGACUACGUGCGAAAGAAGAACAAAUGGCUCCCCAAGAUUAAAGAGUGGAUUGACACCAACAACCCGGGAGACCUGCUCAUCCCCUUCAGCGUUGCGCUCGAGGAGCGAUUAUUACAGCUCGGCUCCCCCGAAGCUGAGGCGGAAGAGCUCAAAACGCUCGGGCCGAACGUAACCGGCGCCCUGGGCAAGAUCACCAAGGCAGGCUACGACGGUCUCGACCUGAUCCGAUAUUUCACCUGCGGUCCAGACGAGGUACGAGCGUGGACGAUCAGGAAAGGCACCAAGGCGCCGCAGGCGGCUGGUGUCAUCCACACUGACUUUGAGAACAAGUUCGUUUGCGGUGAAAUCAUGGCCUACAAUGACCUCAAGGAGCAUGGCAGCGAGAACGGCUGCAAGGCGGCCGGAAAGUAUGUUCAGAAGGGCAAGACAUACGAGAUGGUGGAUGGCGAUAUUGCUUACUGGAAGAGCGGCGCAUAAUGUUCCAGCAUGCCAUCAUUCAUGUAUAAUAGACACGACCAAAAUGCAUUUUACUGAUACCGCCAUCUA